CAGCUCCUGCCCAAUAUGCGAACAAGCGCCCCAGCACGCCCAAACGCGCCAAGGCCCUCAUCUUCCUUAUCCCUAAGACCCCCUUCUCGCUCUUCCCAACGACCCACAUCCAGUCUUUCCGUUCGCCUGGCAAAAGCAAAGCAUGCACCACGUCUCGUAAACUUCUCCCAACAACUCGUCUCCGUCGUGAUCGGAAUUCGCUCCUCCAAUAAUAAUAAUAAUAACCCUCAAUUCGACGUCAAAGUCGACGAAACCCUCAAAGCGCUCGAUAACACGCGUAACUAUGGACCCUCUCAAGAUCGUGCUGAAAUAGAACGAAGAAUUCAUGGUUUGGCCCGGAAAGCUAGGACUAAAUUGAAAGAUACAUGGGCUGAUGCACUGGAGCACUGUUAUGAUUCUUUGUGUACUCAUCUCAAGGCCAACAAAGAUAGCAGUACUAGUGAUGUCGUAAAUGAAAGUAAUAUACCCGAAAUGCUUCAGUUCUUUCUUGCUUUAUCCGACCCAGUUGAUGGAUCCUCGGAAGACUUCGCGGAGGAUUACAUGGAAAGGCUGAAUGCCGACGUUCCAACCUCAGAUCAACGGCUUUACGAAAAAAUUAUGAUGGAAGAGCCCUUCGAGGGACAGCACUGGGAAGGUGCAUAUGGUUUACCCAUUGGGUGGACAGUUGAAGGGUAUGAAACAAUGGUGCCAUCUAGUCCAUCCGAUUCCUCUCUUGAUGAUUGGGACAUCGAUGCGAGGCGCUUUCGGCGUGACAAGUCUAACUCGCCUUCAUCCUUGACGCCUCCGCCUGCCCUCCUCCCCUUGACCGCCAACGAUGGUUUCCAGCAGAAAGAUGAGGAAGAAAACCAAUUGGCGAUGCUGGAUGCGAGAGUGAAAGUGGGAGCUCUGGUUCGGAGGCAAUAUUGGAAGGAAGGUGCAAACCUAACAGAGGCUAGGACUUUUGACCUUGGCAUUCCAUCAACUCUGGGUCCUGCCAUCAAUCGCAUGGCCGAUAAACAUAACUUUCACACACAAAAAUACAUUCUCGAAGUCCAAGCCGUACGAGAAAUGCUUUUUUUGCUACAAGGCAAUGCGACGAUCUUCUUUGACGUCGACGUCGAAGCUUCCGAAGGGUCAAUGUUCCCUCGUAUGCAACUUGCUCGUUAUACACCAGGCCUCAGGCACAUAUCUCCCUCCGCUUUCCACUCAAUGCUAGACGUUUUCAAAUCACGAUCCCAAUCAUUACACCUCUUGCGAAACUUUUCCAGGGCAAUCUAUUCAUCAAGUCGCUCUUCCGAACCUGCAAGUCGUCAAGCAAGUCGCACGCUGGAAGCCUUCAGUGCAGCCGUCGAAGAUUACGUUCUGCAGUUUGACCGAUGGUGUGCGAACAAGGAAGAAUCCAUUUGCAAAUCGGCGGUCGGGAUUGCUGUCGCCGUCGUCCCUGUGAUUGCCAGUCUCCUUAAUCUUGAGCGAGAGACCCGGUUGCAAUUGGGGGACACUGUGGAUUGUCUAACGAAGAUCAUCAACGAUCUCCACGCUCAACGUCCAUCGUCUUCCAGUACUCCAUCAAGCCCAAGCCCAUUCGACUUCUCUUCCAUACACCCUACCCUUCUCACCAAGCUGAUCCUGGACUCUUUGCUCCUCGCAUCCCGUCGCAAAUGGGCGGACGGCGAUGAAAAGUGCUCAACACAACUGAUGGAGAUAUUCGUUCGAACCGCCGAACCCCUUUGGAGAAGCGUCGGUGUAUGGCUUAAGAGGGGUGCGGAUAUCAAGGAUUAUUAUGUUGUUGUUGUUUCGGACCAUGUGAACAUUGAUGCUUCGAACCGUAAGGAUUUCCCUAUCCAUCGACAAGACGUGCCUAUAGCAACAGCCGCCUUCUGGUCGGAAGGGUAUACACUGUGCGGCUCCGCGUCUGUUGGAGUUGCUGGUUCGUUCAUCAAAGACGAGACAGUAGUGCCAUUGUUCCUCGCCAACAUUGCCUCGGAGCUCGUAGCGGCCGGGAAAUCCGUAGGUCUUUUGAGGUCCCUGAACGUUUCCGAAUUCUUUUCAGAUGAGAACACAGGGUAUGAAUGGCUUCGAAACUGGCCUACUUUGAAGGAUAUCAUUCGAUCCGACGUUUCUUCUCCAUUAUUAACGAUACCGGGCAAUUCUACAUCCUUUUCUCUCCCCGACAUGAUCCCGAAUGAGGAGGGCUUCUUAGGAGGAGGAGAUGUUGAUCGGUCUUCCACGUCGAUCGAUUCGCCUCACGAUGCCGAUCCUCAACUCGCUUCUGUGGACUCUUUGGCAUCUCUCGUUCACGAACGCUUGCUUCCUUGGUGCCAGUUGGCACAGGCCAGAUUCACUCGAGAAAUUAUCGAUCAAUGUGGUCUAUGGACCCAUAUGCGUAGCAUCGGUGACCUCUUCCUCGGUCAGAAGGGAGACGCUAUGACUCUCUUUUGCGAUGUUCUCUCCGAGAAGAUCCGUCAAGAUGCCAUGUGGACGGAUUAUCAUUUCCUCAAUUCUACCUUCCGUCAAGUUGCCCUUUCUACUCCUAACACAUGGAUCGAUCCCGACUCCAUACGAUUUUCAUACCGGGGGGCCAAACGCAAGGCAAAGUUUGAGUCGAUUCGUCAGCUUGAAGGGCUUUCGGUAGAAUAUCAAAUGCCCUUCCCCCUAACGUACAUGUUAGGUCCUGCUGAAAAUGAAAUCUACUCGUCUAUACUCGUCAUCUUGCUGCAGUUGAAGUUUGCUCGCUCUGCUGUCGAAAGGAUACAUAUCAAAGGAGUGGAUAAGAUGGGUUUGACACGAUCCCAUCCUAAUCUAAUGAAGCUAUUUUAUUCACUUCGCGCUAGAUUCGUAUGGCUCAUAGCCACGAUCACGACCCAUUUUAUCACCAAUGUCAUCCAUUCUGAACUGCUUCGGUUCAACAAGGAAAUGAAGUUGGCAAGGUCGUUUGACCGGAUAAUCGAGAUUCACAGUCACCACCUUUCUCGCUUGCAAAGUGCGAGUUUCUUGACUGCAGAGACCUCUUCUGUACAUAAAGGGCUCAUUUCAAUCCUGGACCUCGCUCUUCAUUUCACCGACCUUCAGAGAGCGUUUCUCGGUGAACACAGCUCUGUAUCUUCUCUUUCGCGUCACACGAUACGUUUCUCGAGUCGGAAGAAGAGACGCCUCAAUCGUCGACAGAAGCAGCUUCGACGGGAUGUCGUUUCGUUCGCAGAUGAUGCUGGAGUUCCGUUAACUUCGGAUUCGGAGGACUCGGAAGCUGAGGAGCGCGAAGAAGCGGAGAUACUACGCGAGCUGGAAGGUUUUGCGGCGGAUGAGGAUGAGGAUGAGGACUAUCAUGUCGGCGGCGGCGGCGGCGGUGGGGAGGCACCAGUUGGAAUGACUUCUCGAACUAUGGACGAUAUCACGCUGCAGACCAGCAUGGCUGUCUCCGUCGGCCCUGCCGAGGGAAACAUAGAUUUCGAGGAACGCGUGACGAAGAUGGACAGGGAAAUCGAUGUUCUGGUCAGAUAUCUGUCCAGGCGAGUUGAGGAGCUCUCUAACGGUGAUUUGGAAGAAGCGGAGAGCUUUGCAAAAUUGGCGUUUAUUCUUGAUGACUGGGAUUUGUAGUUUAUAAUUACUCCUAUUUCUUACAAGAGAUAUCGGACCAAGUGAGAUAUCACCAUGAAUG